AUGUCAGCCGUAGACGUCAAUGGCUCCGUGGAGGAGGCAGUCGCAGCGAGAGCGGAGUCAACGGGCAGGGAGCUACGAAAUCACAUGCUGUUCGAGAUAUCAACAGAAGCUGCCAAUCGAGUUGGUGGCAUCUAUUCGGUCAUCAAGUCCAAAGCUCCAGUGACAACCGCAGAAUAUGGCGACAGAUAUACCCUGAUUGGGCCGCUCAAUCGGACCUCGGCCGCUGUCGAAGUAGAGCCUCUAACGCCGACAAAUCCUGAGAUUGCCGCGACGAUUGCAGCGAUGAAAUCGAGGGGAGUGGAAUUAUACUACGGCAGAUGGCUCAUAGAAGGCGCGCCACGGAUUAUACUUAUUGAUACUAAAACCGGCUAUCGCUGGUUGGAUGAAUGGAAAGCAGACUUGUGGAACACUGCUGGCAUCCCGUCUCCGCCAGGCGAUGAAGAGACGAACGAGGCUGUCGUGUUCGGCUACCUUGUAGCAUGGUUUCUGGGAGAGUAUGUUUUCCAUGAAAGUAAAAGAGCGGUGAUAGCGCAGUUCCACGAAUGGCUCGCCGCUGUAGCUAUUCCGUUAGCCAAGAGAAGGAGAAUAGAUAUCACAACCAUAUUUACUACUCAUGCAACGCUACUUGGCCGAUAUUUGUGUGCCGGCUCCGUCGAUUUCUACAACAAUUUACAGUAUUUCGAUGUGGAUUCGGAAGCGGGCAAAAGGGGCAUCUACCACCGAUAUUGCAUCGAAAGAGCGGGUGCGCACUCAUCGGACGUUUUUACCACUGUGUCUCAUAUAACUGCAUACGAAAGUGAGCACCUGUUGAAACGAAAGCCAGAUGGUGUGCUGCCAAAUGGUCUAAACGUUAAGAAGUUUUCUGCCAUACACGAAUUUCAAAAUCUCCAUCAACAGGCGAAAGAGAAGAUUCAUGAAUUUGUGCGUGGCCAUUUUUAUGGACACAACGACUUCGAUCCCGACAACACCUUGUAUUUUUUCACCGCGGGUCGUUACGAGUAUCGGAACAAAGGCGUCGAUAUGUUUAUUGAGUCUCUAGCGCGACUGAACCAUAGCCUCAAGACUUCCGGGUCUAAGAUGACAAUUGUAGCGUUUAUCAUCAUGCCAGCCCAAACUUCAUCAUUGACGGUGGAAGCGCUCAAAGGGCAAGCUGUCAUCAAGUCACUACGAGACACGGUGACGGUUAUAGAGAAGGAGGUUGGGAAGCGGCUUUUCGAACGUGCUAUACAAUGGCAGCAGGGGGGUGAGCUACCAGAGGAUAAGGAUUUGUUAUCUAGUUCGGACCGGGUCAUGUUGCGAAGACGGCUUUUUGCAACGAAAAGGAACAAUUUACCACCGAUCGUCACGCACAAUAUGAUCAAUGAUGCAGAGGAUCCCAUUCUGAGCCAAAUUCGCCGUGUCCAGCUUUUCAACCACCCAUCAGAUCGCGUAAAAGUCAUAUUUCACCCAGAAUUUCUCAACCAGGCAAAUCCUGUACUUCCGCUUGAUUACGACGACUUCGUACGAGGGACCCAUUUGGGGGUCUUCCCAUCUUACUACGAGCCAUGGGGGUAUACGCCUGCUGAGUGUACAGUGAUGGGCGUCCCAAGCAUCACAACUAAUCUCUCGGGUUUCGGCUGCUACAUGGAGGAGCUCAUUGAGAACGCUUCCGAUUAUGGCAUCUACAUUGUUGACCGGAGAACGAAAGGUGUAGAUGACUCAGUUAAUCAACUGACGGGCUUCAUGUUUGACUUUGCAUCCAAGAGCAAACGGCAGCGUAUCAAUCAGAGAAAUCGGACGGAGCGCUUGAGCGACUUACUGGACUGGAAGAGAAUGGGUAUGGAAUAUGUUAAAGCCAGGCAACUUGCACUAAGACGGGCAUACCCAAGCUCUUUCGAAGACGAUGAUGAUGAUGAAGGUAUCUUUGACGCUGUGGAGCCCAAGCUGACUCGGCCACUCUCUGUUGCUGGUUCGCCAAGGACCCGGUCGGGCAUGAUGACUCCAGGCGAUUUUGCGUCCCUACAGGAAGGCCGAGAAGGACUUAGCACGGAGGACUACAUAGCUUGGAAGCUACCCGAGGGAGAGGAAGACGAGGAAGAUUUUGCAUUCCCUUUGACCUUGAAAAGUCCGAAGAAAUCUAGUCCAUUGGAUUCUCCCAUGCCUGGGGCUGUAAACGGCGGCAGCGUUGAAGUCCUUUGCUCUUUGUCGGUCCCUUCGCAAUUUCUGUCUCUCUGUGAAGCGAGGAAAUGCUGUCUCAAGAAGAAGUACAAAUACAAGGACUACCAAAACGCUAGGACCCUCGCCUCAUCUCCAUUUGAACUCGUCAUCACAACCUUCAGUCCAACCGCUAAGGCUGAUGACCUUCUCAAUUCCAAUUGUACUUCCUGUGGCAUUGCUCAAGACAUGUCCGCGUAUUGGGCUCCUGCAAUGUAUUUCAUACACAAUGAUGGGACGGUAAAGGUGGUUCCAGAGAAGCCUCCACACAAAUCAUAUUAUCUUCUCCGUAACGGAAACACCCAUGAUGGCAAACCGCAGACGGUAGAAGCAUUCCCAAAUGGCUUCCAGAUGAUUGCUGGGAACAAUUUCAGGCGCAACACCACAAUCCCUGAUCCUGACCCACAUCCCCUGGGACCAUGGCCUGAUUCAAGUCAAGACGAUCGUGCACAGCGCGCGCUAGGAUUCAAUUGCUUACACUACGCUGCCGGCAACGACGAGCCUACUUUGAGCCGCCACAAAUUGCCAGACAAAGCAUUUCUAGACUCCUCCUGUACUGACGGUAUCAGACUCGAAAUGCAGUUUCCUAGCUGCUGGAACGGCCAACUCGAUGGGGGUCCGCUGCACAAGGAUCACGUGACCUAUCCAGACGGCGUGUCCGUUGGAAACUGUCCUCAAGGCUAUGACCGCCGCUUGAUCACUCUCUUCUUUGAAACCAUCGUUGCAACAGACAAGUUCAAGGGCGUACCAGGCAAAUUCGUCCUAGCAAACGGGGAUCCAUACGGCUUUGGAUAUCAUGGUGACUUCAUUGCAGCUUGGAAAGGCGAUACUUUGCAGCAAGCUGUCAAGCAGUGUAACGAACAGGUCAGCUCAGGAGUGAUGAAGGACUGUCCCGUCUUCGAGAUGACGCAAAACAGUCAGCAGUGCAAGUUCGAAAAACCGCUGCCAGCUUCCGUUGCGCAAGAAAAUGUCAAAGGUCCCCUUAUGGGUCUUGUCAACGGGCUUCAGGUAGCCUAUGGCCCAGAACCAGCUCCAAAACCAGGGAAGCCUCCAACUGCAGCCACGAGCAGUGCGGCUAGCCAAUCUCAGGGUCAACAGCCAACAUUGCAGAAGACGAUUCUACCACCCUCGUCUUCCGCAGCUUCAAGGCCAUCUACGACACAAUCAGCACCACCAAAAGUGCAAGAGAAAGUAGCCAUUAAACCAACAGUAAUCACUUCACCCCCACCUCCAUCCGCAUUCAAUCUGAAGCCGGGAGAGCGGAUCUUGACGGCCUCAUCCUAUGUCGUCGGAGGUGAACUGCACGAGGUGAUUGAGGUCGCUGUGGAUGUAAUGCUCACAGUUCCUGCAGUCACAUCAACAAUGACCGUACAUGCUAAACGGGAUGAACAUCUGAAAAGGCACGUGCACCAUCAUCAUUAUCAUCAUCAUGGGGACGACUAG